CAUAGCAUGUACAUUCACGCAGCUUGUCCCAUUUACUGUACCGAGCUUCAGAAGAAGGAAUCGAAUUAUUUCAUCAUGAUGACCAUCAGGUUGGCUGAGAUUCGCUCGUGUCAAAUCUAGUACCCCACUGCUUCGAACCAUGGGUGGCAAUGCCGUUGAAAAGAAUACGAUGCAAUUUCUUCUUCUUUUCACGUAGUCUCAUCUCAUCCUCUGUGCCUCCACCCAACAUGAUCAAUCAAGACGUCCCUUCGCACUACAAAUUAGAAGAAUCCACGACUCCAAUCUACUCCAGUCCGAAUAUGGCAAAUGAUCCCACCACAAGAGCCCACAUGCUGGAUAAUCUCCCAGCCAGGUCCGCACGCAUCGACGAAAGGAACAAGCGAACGAAGGACCAGGCUACCCAAAUAGACGACCUCCUCCAGCAAGUGGCACAACUCAAAAGGGAAAAGAGUGCCGCCACAGCCCGCUCAGCGAAAGCGUACUUAGAGAAGCUGGACGGCAUCCUCGAAGUUGCCCUCAGCCGUUAUCGCCGUUUUGGUGAGAUAGAUUGUUAAGGCACGAAGGAGCUACUGGAAAAUUUCCAUCAUUAUUAUACGCAAGUCCUUAUGCCGCCGAUCGACGAUACCGCCUCGACCGCUACCGACUCGACUACGACCAAGCGAACCACGUUUUUGGAGGUCUUAGGAAUUUGCAGCGUUGUUUUCAGCGUUACUUACACCAUCGGCUCCUUGAUUUUCAUCUUGGUCUUGCGAUAGACCAGUUGGACUGCGAUGGUGCUUGCGAAGGAGCCAAAAAUGCUG